GAGCCAUUGUUCUUCAGUACCUCGGCCUUCACUGAUGACUAUGAUGACUAUGACCACGACUCAAACUUUAUGUGUGACCGGGGGUCCGUGCGGUACUUCCGGAGUCAGUACGAGCCGCCCCUCUUCUGGAUCAUCACUAUUGUGGGCGGAGUUGGAAACCUGGCGGUAGUGUGGAUUUACCUGAACGUUCGAAAGCGCCUGAAGACGAUGACGGACAUGUACCUUCUGAACCUGGCCGUGGCCGACCUGCUGUUUCUGGUCACACUGCCGCUGUGGGCAGCCGAGGCAUCCAACAGCUGGAUCUUUGGCACCGCCCUCUGCAAGAUAAACUCCGCCCUCUACAAAGUUAACCUGUUCAGCAGCAUGAUGCUCCUCACCUGCAUCAGUGUGGACCGCUACAUCGUCAUCGUGCAGACCACCAAGGCCCAAAACUCCCAGACAGAGCGUCGCCGCUGCAGCCGUCUGGUGUGUGCGGGGGUGUGGCUAGUGGCUCUGCUGCUCGCCAUACCUGAGCUGGUGUUCUCCGUGCCCACCAGCGUGGAGUCCAAGAGUUACUGCAGGAUGGUGUUCCCCUCUAACUUUGAGAACCGCACCAAGAUCCUGGUGCUGUCGCUGCAGGUGAGCAUGGGCUUCUUCCUGCCCUUUGUGGUCAUGGCCUUCUGUUACAGCAUGAUCGUGGCCACGCUGCUCAAGAGCCGCAACUUUGAGAAGCACAAGGCCAUGCGUGUCAUCCUGGCCGUGGUGGUGGCGUUCGUCGUGUCGCAGCUGCCCUACAACAGCAUGCUGGUGGUGGAGACCACGCAGGCCGUCAACCUGACCGUGACGGACUGCGACAAGGUGAAGGCCUUGGACAUGGCCGGGCAGGUGCUGAAGGGUGUGGCCUACAUGCACGCCUGCCUCAACCCCUUCCUCUACGUGUUUGUGGGCGUGCGCUUCCGUCGUGACAUGAUGCGGCUGCUGCGCUGCUGCUCCUGCCGGCCACAGCCCAGCAAAGGCUCCCUGGGGAAGAUCAGGAGUCCUCGGAGCUCCACCAGGGUUUCAGUCAUGUCUGACAGCGACAACUCCCAAGCACUGUCGCUGUAGACAGGAAGCUGCGCAACUUCCUGUUUGUGCUGCCGUGGCUGCAGCGUGGCAGGACGAGUGAGGACACCUGAAACAGGAAGAUCUGCACGUCUGUUUCUGAAGGCUUUAAAUAUGAUGCAUGCUGCUCCGGUCCAACCGUCACAUCCUGACGUUCUGCUCACUCUGAGUCACAUGGUGACAUCUGGAAUCCCCAGACACUGUCCCUAAAAGCCCCGGUCUCCCCACAGGUCCUUCAGUGACAUCUUCAUCUCAGGACUUCAGCUUCAGCAGGACCAGGACCCAGUUCACUUCUGAUCUCUGAUGUUUUUUAUUAGUUUUAUGGUCUCUGUGCAGCACUUUGCUGCUGGUUUUGAAAGUGUUGUAGAAAUAAACUCAGAGGCUAUGAUCAUGAGGCCACAGCCAGGUUCAACGUCUCAUCCAGAACCCAUUUCCAGGUUCUUCUCAGAACUUCUCAGGACUUCUCAGGACUUCUCAGUACUCUCACAAGUUGUUCAGGAUGUUUUCAGACUUUAACCAGGAUUCAUUUUCCUCUGAGACACAUUUCAUUAUGUUUGUCAGAACGAUGGCUCAGUGGUUAGCACCGACGCCUCACAGCAAGAAGGUCCUGGGUUCGAUCCCUGGUUCAGACCUGGUCUG